AUGAAGUUAUGGAUUGUAAUGUGUGUUUUAGUUCGAUAUGGUUUGGCAGAGGAUUUUCCAUCCUUAAUAACGGCAAAUGCUUCUAUAGCCGUAGUGUUAGACCGGCAGUUCCUAGGAGAAGAAUAUCAAACAAUAAUGGACGAACUAAAAGACUAUAUCAAAGAACUGGCGCGAGUUGAGCUUAAGCAUGGAGGAGUCAACGUACAUUACUUUUCUUGGACAGCAAUUAGUCUUAAAAAAGGCUAUUUAGCAGUCUUCAGUGUGGCAUCGUGUGAAGACACGUGGUCACUCUUUUCACGGACUGAAGAAGAACAACUGUUGCUAUUUGCUUUGACUGAAGUCGACUGUCCUCGUCUACCAACAGAUUCGGCUAUAACGGUGACGUUUGCCGAUUCAGGUCAGGAGCUACCGCAGAUGUUCUUGGAUUUGAGAACCCAAAAAGCCAUUCGUUGGAAAUCAGCGGUUAUAUUGCAUGAUGAUACAUUAAACAGAGACAUGAUAUCACGAGUAGUUGAGUCUCUAACAUCUCAAAUAGACAACGAAGGCGCACCGUCUAUAUCUGUGACAGUAUUCAAAAUGAAACACGAAGUCAACGAAUACUUGAGACGUAAAGAGAUUUACAGAGUACUUUCAAAGCUUCCAGUAAAAUAUAUAGGCGAAAAUUUCAUAGCAAUAGUGACGGCAGCAGUAAUGACAACAAUCGCAGAGACGGCUCGAGAUCUCGUGAUGUCGCAUACACAGGCACAGUGGUUAUAUGUCGUAUCAGAUACCAGUGGAGUCGAAAACUUUUCCAAUUUGAUCAAUGAUUUGUAUGAAGGAGAGAACAUUGCUUAUAUUUUCAAUGUUACGAACAAUGAUAAGGAAUGCAAGAACGGCCUGCUGUGCUAUGCUAAAGAAAUGAUGAGCGCGUUCAUAUCCGCGCUCGACUCGGCCGUGCAGGAGGAGUUCGACGUGGCGGCGCAAGUGUCGGACGAGGAGUGGGAAGCGAUACGACCCACCAAAGAACAAAGACGGGAUACUUUAUUAAAGCAUAUGCAGCAAUACAUAACGACAAAAAGCAGGUGUGGUAAUUGUAGUUCGUGGCGAGCGCUGGCCGCGGACACCUGGGGGACCACUUAUGGGGAAAAAGCUGUGGUAACUAAAAGUAACAGGACCUCCAGUGUCAUUGAACAUGUUGAAUUACUACAUGUUGGUAUAUGGCGUCCAAUCGAUGGUAUCAAAUUUGACGAUGUUUUAUUCCCACAUAUCGAACACGGGUUCCGAGGGAAAGAGCUACCUAUUAUUACUUAUCAUAUGUCACAUAGUGCGAGUUCUAUGUUGACUCUAUCGGCUAUCGCCAAGGGUCGCGCGGCGCUCGCGGCCGCCGCUUUUACGGUCCUCUCUGAUCGUAAUCCAGGAAUAAACUACACCACACCGGUCAGUACUCAGACUUACUCGUUCAUGAUCGCCCGUCCGAGGGAGUUGAGUAGAGCGUUAUUGUUUCUACUACCUUUUACUACUGAUACGUGGCUAUGUCUAGGAUUUGCAGUCAUUUUAAUGGGUCCCACGCUAUACAUCAUUCACCGACUGAGCCCGUAUUAUGAUGCUAUGGAGAUCACCCGCGAGGGAGGUCUGUCUACUAUACAUAACUGCCUAUGGUAUAUUUAUGGCGCUUUGCUACAACAAGGUGGUAUGUACCUACCUCGUGCAGAUAGUGGACGUCUCGUGGUCGGUACGUGGUGGAUAGUUGUGUUAAUAGUUGUCACCACGUAUUCUGGGAACUUGGUGGCAUUUCUCACUUUUCCCAAGCUCGAGAUACCUGUUACCACUAUAUCGGAACUAUUGGAAAGUAAGACCUAUACUUGGUCUCUUGUUAAGGGAUCGUUUUUGGAAACACAAUUAAAGCAUUCUGACGAGCCAAAGUACACGGCUCUACUGAAAGGGGCGGAAGUGACUAGCGGCAUUAACGUUGUCGAAGGCAGCCUCGUUUCCGGCACAGAAAUAUUAAAUCGGGUUCGCAAUAAUCACCACGCGCUGAUAGACUGGAAGUUGAGGCUCACUUAUCUCAUGAGGGCUGAAAAUCUGAGAACUGAUACAUGCGAUUUCUCCUUAAGUACUGAAGAAUUCAUGGACGAGCAAGUAGCGAUGAUAGUGCCUGCAGGUAGUCCUUACCUACCUGUUAUAAAUAAAGAAUUAAACCGUAUGCACAAAGCGGGACUCAUUUCAAAGUGGUUGAGCGCUUACCUUCCUAAGCGUGACCGGUGUUGGAAGACCUCCGCCGUGGAGGAAGUCAACAAUCACACCGUAAAUCUUAGCGAUAUGCAGGGAUCUUUCUUUGUGUUGUUUCUUGGUGUUUUCUCAGCAACAACAGUUUUAAUAAUGGAAUGGAUUUAUAAUCACCGCAAGAGGAGAGUUGAGGAGAUUAUCAUAAAGCCUUACACAGAU